AUGUCCUCUGGUCAAGAAGCCUUUGCGCAGGAGUUCCAGACGGCCCUGGAAGAGUUCCGUGAGCUUCGCAAGCAAGAGACGAGAGUUGCAGCUUGUGGGCGAAGCUUUGUAUUGGUGAGCAACGUCACAGCAAGGCUCACACAACGGUCUAUCAGUUGCUCAGACGAUUACGAAAACGAUCUAGACCGGCUCAGACAAACAGCUUACCUUCGCCAUGGACCUGAUCCUCCGCAACUGCAACGGGAUCACUACUACGAACACCUCGCGGUUUUCUACAACCUUCUAGAUGUUGGCGCACCGAAUCUGAUUCACGAAUUUUGGAACAACAACUUCAACCUUCUUCCUAUUGAUCGGGACAAGUUGCGAAAUCAUAUACGAGCACCGCCUGGGCUCCCAAGCUUCCACGAUGACUUCCAUCGCAAUCAGUUUGCAUGGUGCCCAAUUCACUUCAAAAUGGAUAUGGGUGGACCUCAUGGGCUUGGCAUAAUCAGUCCAUUUUCACGCAAGGAGAUCAUUAUGCCGUAUCGGGGCGGAAAAGUCCCUCGGGCCAACACUGCAACGUUGUACGCCAUUGACGUGCUCGAGGAGCUCGUAGACCCAGACCUUCAAAAGCAAAUGGCUAGCGCAAAGAUAGAGAGGCAAGAAGGCGGUGCAUGUGACGGAAGCAAAGGGAAGCGAUACCGCUUUGCGUUGAAACAGUUUGAAGCAGCCAAGAAAGAUCACUUUUUCAACGAGAGACAGAUGUUCAGAAACCUGAAGAAUCAAGACGGAAUGAUACAGUACAUUGGCUGGUUCAAAGGCUUCGAACCUGAUAAUGAGGGAGGGUUCAAAGAGUACUACAAUAUCGUGCUGGAGCUGGCGGCUUUUGACUUUUACACGGCAAUCCAGGAGGAAUCGCCUCCAAUCUCCGUCGCAGAAAUUUCAGAUUUCUGGCAAGCGAUGUCAGAAAUCUCAGGAGCCCUGGCAUCGAUACACACGGUGGAGAUUGACGGGAGAGAGUAUUUAACAUGGCAUGGCGACAUCAAACCACAGAACAUUCUUCGAGUCAAUGACCGCUUCAAAUUGGCAGAUCCUGGAGAAGCUAGCAUGCAACUCAAAACGACCAGCAUCACUGAACCUCAGAAGGUCAAAUCAGCAGGGGGUACAAGAACAUAUGCGGCUCCCGAGAAGGCGGCUUUCUUGGAUGGGUUCAGCCAGAAGAAGCCAGACGUUUCUCAGACAAGCGAUGUCUGGUCUCUUGGGUGUGUCUUCUCCAUCGCAGCAACAUACGUUGUUUUGGGCCAGCAAGGAGUCCUCAUAUUCAAUCAGUUGCGCAGAGAGGCCAUUUUCAACGCAACGGGGCACUCUAGUGAUGCCUUCCACGACGGGGAAAACGUUCUAAAGGAAGUUCGGUACUGGCACACAUAUCUCAGAGAGGCCACUAGAAGGACCGACGCCUACACAGACACGAUUUUGAACAUCGUGGACAAUUUUAUGCUGGUCCCGGGUGAGUCUCGAUGGCCGGCAAAGCAAAUCUGGAAAGAGUUCGACGGAUUCUUCACUACCAUCAAAGCCGAACGGUCUGCCGUUCCAAAAGGCUUACAUGAUCUACUUCAAAACAUUGAUCUCCGCUCUGAACAGCUGUACGACCAGCAUUCAGGAAUCCGAAGAGUUGAUUCCGACGAUACAAGCAAAACACCCAAGGUGGUACCAAGCUUGCCCCGUACCGACAUAGAAUUCGAAAGCCGGGAGAAGCUUCUGGAGCAAGUGAUACAGCCGGUUGCGCAGCGAUCACAGAAUCGAAACGGGUCCCCCACACAAUCAAGACACCCGUCAAUCAGUUUCCAUCCUGCACUGGACACCAGGACUGAUGGUCAAAAGUUUCCCAGAGAAGUUGGAAAACAGAACGUCACAGCCCAGCAACUACCCAAGGCACCACAGAAACAUGCCAUCGACACGCCAUCGACGCCAGAUCAGCCAAACCUCUCUUUGCCGCCGUCCAACCAGAGCCACGAUCGGAACCUGAUCACAGUAUGGAAGGUUCAGCGAGAGCUUGAGAAGAAUGGUCUAGAGUGGAGGCCUUCUAUCAGAAGCUUCAGGUCGCUAGUUCAAAAACAAGAGACGACAGUCAGAGGCAAGAGCAACCUCGAGCUUUUGGACCAGCGCUUGGAAACCGAGUUCAAAGACCGAGACAUUAUCUAUCUUGUCGACAAUGGAUCAACGAUGUCAGGUCAUUGGACCCAGGCGAGUAAUCUCCUCAAGGUCCUCGUCUGGCGGUCUAUUGGAUACGACGACAACGGCAUGGAACUGUACUUCACGAAUCCCGACACUCCAGCCAAUGCAAGCAUAACUGAAACGAAGAAACAAUCAGUCAUUACGUUCGUCACAGCCAUGAAGAAUGCAGAGCCUAGCCAGUCACAUCAUGUUAAGACUACAAUCGUUCCGGAACUCGCUCGUAUCAUCAACGGCUAUACGAGAGCGAUGACCUCGCAGCGCCCACCACGUCCACCACGUAAGAAAACCAUCAUUGUGCUUACUGAUGGGAUAUGGGAGGGUAUGAAAAUGGAGCACACUAUCGAUAUCCACCUGAGAUCAACUUUCCAUGAACUGAAAGACCUACACGGGGACUUGUCCUAUGUGCAGCCAGGAAAGUCUGAUGACCAGGUUGACAUCUCGGAAAUCCGACCUGUGACCAUCCAGUUCGUCCAAUUUGGCAACCACCGAAAUGCGACCGAGAGAUUUCGACGAUUGGACGAUGAUAUGGAGUUAUAUGGAUGCCCUGAUCUGAUCGACACUGAAAGUGCCGAUGGGGAUGUCUACAAGAUGUUCCUCGGAAGCUUGUGCAAAGAUAUUGACGGAAUGAUGCAAUCAAACCUUGGCCCAGCUCUCUCUGCUGUCCCCAGCCUUGAAAGGUCAUCGAGCCACUUGGACAGGGGGCGAAGCUUUCGUCACCAGGACUCCGAGGAUACAUUGCCAACAUCUCAAGUAAUAGGAGCAGGUCAUGUCCUCACGGAAGCUUCGAAUCAGUUGAGCAAUUCGUCCGUCGACCAGAACCGGUCGCCCCAGUCUGCGUCACAACCUCCGCAGUUGUCUAGUUUCUCCAGCGAGUCACGACAGUCGAGCUUUCCCAACCCCGCGCAAAGGUCGUCGACAAUCAUGCCAGCAAGUCCAGCCUCACUGCGAACAUUAACUUCCCCUGAGACUCCAGGCUCUGCACGCAACUCAUUCCACACAUUGAAGGUGUCCCUGAUUCACACCUGA